AUCUCGCGAGUCCAGCUGCCUGGCAAGGUUGUCUUCCUCCGGCCAUGGGACUGCUCCCUCACCAGGACCUGAUUUAGGGAAAAGAUUCAUCAAAAUGCGUAAAAUAACAACUUGGAGAAGGGCUGGCGGAAGUCACAGUGCGCACGAAGUAAAGUCCGUACAGGGAAGUACGGGAUUCAUAUCCUAUCAAUGAUAUCUGUAGCGGUAGAGACUACAGCACUGUGUCCAUAUGACCACACAGCUUUAUCGAUCCUUCUGCUCAAGUCCGGAAGUGAACUUUAAACGAGUUUGGGAAAUACUAGGCUAUUUGUUGAAUGUGAAGCGAGUAUGUCUGCAGACCCACAGAUAGUUGUAAUCGGAUGCGGGAUAUCAGGUGUCGCAGCGGCGCACAGACUUGUUAAAUCUGGAUUUCAUCAUGUGCGGAUACUAGAAGCGACUGCACGAAGCGGAGGACGAAUAAAAACAGGCAGACUGGGUAAUAACAUUGCGGAGAUAGGUGCAAGUUAUAUCCAUGGUCCAUCUGAGGAGAACCCGCUGUUUUGUCUGGCUCGUGACUACGGGCUCCUGGAUCCAAAGGCCCUCACCGAAGAGAACCAGGCCAUGGACAUCGAUGAACGUCCUCCCUGGGUUCCCAACUGGUUCAGCAGUUCAGGUCAGAGGCUGAGCACUGAACACAUGAGUCCUGCUCUGGAGAUGUUUAAUGAGCUAUUAAGUGAUACUUCACAAUUUAGGAAUCAAAAAGAAACACCCUGGGCCAGCGUCGGACAUUUCAUACGAUCAGAGGCACGUCAGCGAGCAGCAGAGAGGUGGAAGGAUAAGGAUAAAUCCACCAGGGAGCUGCUACUGUGUGCCGUCAGUGCCAAGUUAAAGGAGGAGUGUUGUGCCAGUGCAGCUCACACCAUGGAUGAGAUAGACCUGGUGGGGUUUUGUAUGUACAAGGGUCUAAGUGGACUGGACUGCACAUUCCCACGUGGCUUUGAAGGCCUAAUCAAGAGCUUGAUGUCUGAGCUCCCCACUGAUUUAGUGACCUACAAUCGGCCUGUGAGCUGCGUCCACUGGAACAACACUAAGAACGGAGUAAACACUGUGACGGUUGAGUGCGAUGAUGGGGAGAGGAUUGCUGCUGAUCAUGUUAUUGUCACAGUGCCUCUAGGGUACCUUAAGAAGCACCAUUCAACCCUGUUUUGUCCUCCUCUCCCGACACACAAGCUCCACUCCGUCCACAAACUAGGAUUUGGAACGUGCAACAAAAUAUAUGUAGAGUUUGAAUCUCCGUGGUGGGAUGCAGACUGUGACGUCAUCUACCUGGUGUGGAAAGAUGAGGAGGAUAUUUUGGACCACGUGUCAGACAUCAGCAAAUCCUGGAUAAGGAAGAUGUCAACGUUCACUGUGCUAAAACCCUCUGAAAGGUGUAGCCACGUUCUCUGUGGCUGGAUUACUGGGCACGAGUCAGAGUAUAUGGAGACGCUCCCUGAGCAGGAGGUCAAAGAUUCCAUCACAGAGCUAAUCCGCACAUUCACAGGUAACGUUACCAUCACACCGAGGAGAAUCCUGCGCUCACAGUGGUUUCAUGAGCCCUGGACGUGUGGGUCUUACUCUCACCCAGCAAUAGGCUGUUCAGCCCAGGACCUGGAGAACAUGAUGGACCCGCUGCCUACGAAGGGAUCUCACGCACAGCCCCUGCAGGUGUUGUUUGCUGGUGAGGCCACUCAUCCCUGCUUCUACUCAACGGUCCAUGGAGCUCUUGUCACCGGGUGGAGAGAAGCUGAUAGACUCAUCUCUCACUACUCCUCCACCAGCCCAUAAAAAAAACAGGCUGGAUGCAUAGAAACAUUUGAUGUUUUUACACCCAAAUUUAUAAAGUUGGUACUUCUCAUCCAAUGGAUUUUAAAAGAGAACUGCACUGAUUUUAUAUGUCUCUUGGGCAUUACUGCAAAGUGCAUGUGAAAAACAUAUAAAGCUUUUUGAGGCUCAAAGAGGGAGCUGCGCAAAAUGUGUUCAAUCGCCUCUGGGACCAGAUAACGGGACAUGGUUUUCAGAAGAUUAUGUCUUUAACUAAACCCAGAGAAGAUGAGUUUGGGUCCCCUCACCUGACUAUGAAGAUCUUCUGUUUUGUUUGUGUUUAUUUGUCAUGCUCAUAUUGUUUGCUGGAUAAAUUAACAGACAAGAAUCACUGUUAAGAAGUGAAAGUCAAAUUGUUAAUUGAUUUAUUUGCAGGUGUGAGCAAUUUGUGGUAUUGUAAGGAUACAUAUUGUUCACUUCUGAAUUUGCCAUUGUCCUGAUUUUUUUCCUGAUUUGUCUGAUUUCAUGCAGUCAUCCUAUCAAGUGAAAGGCUAACAGCUUUGCAUGUUGUCCUUUGUGUUCUUCCAUUUGAGUGAACCAAGUGAACUUGAACCAGCAGCAGCACCAUCUUUCUUGUUGUUUGUAUUGCUGAAAGUGCCCUGGGGUCAAGUGAAUAGGGGGCAAUAAAAGUGUCAACCUGGCCUUAUUAUGGGCA